AUGCCAAAAGCGAAGAGCAAGUCCGUUGGAGCGCAGCCAGUGAAGAGGAAAAAGAACUUCAGCAGUUCAGAACUCGAAGUCCUACUGCUGGAGGUCACGAGGAGGAAGAAGACUCUAUUCAGUAGCCUCAGUGCAGGUUGCACUAAUACUAAUAAGAAGGAGGCCUGGGAGGCAGUAUGGCGUGCGGUGGAUGCGGUCUCAGGAGAGGGACGCAGCAUAGAGGAGGUCAGGAAGAAGUGGUUCGACCUGAAAUCCGAAACAAAAAGACACAUAGCCAAACACCGGAGGGAGACGCAACGGACUGGAGGGGGGGCAGCAAACACCAUGCCCAAGUCUGAUCUGGAUCAGCGCAUUGGGGCCAUCAUCGGGGAGACGGCACUCUCAGGUGUACCAUCAACUGAGUCACUGGACACAGAUGCAACGCGUUCAUCCCCUCCCUGUGCCGCUGCCAUUCCAGUUUAA